GAUCGCAAAGGGUUUAGUGAGCUCAGGGAUAGCAGAACUCAAGAGUUGGCGACAGAUAUGUAGCAGCUAGGCGUAAGUAUUCACUUCGUCAUGAUUUGCCUUGGAAUAUCGUCAAGCCCCAAGCAAUAAAUACAUAGGUUAAGGCUGUUGAAGCCACAGUCGUUGCUUGGGUCCUGAUAUGCUCACCGCCUUCGCUCUAUGGAUUUGGUGGCAGAAUCCCGCCAGACAGCAACCAGCGUCGUAAUAUCUGUCUAUCUAGAUCCAUCUUCCAUCUCCAGUCUCCCAUCUCUUUGUCUCAACUAAUCGACAGAAAUCUCUAGUUACUCUCUCAAUAUCAGUUAUAUUUUCCAGCAUCCGCUUCUCAAUUGGCUGUCCAUUUCCCGUACUCCCCAUCCUCCAUCAUCAUGGCAGACCGGUUCCCGUCUCUAGAGGACUUCUCUGCCGAACCCACAGGCACCCAAGGCAGCCCGAGAGGAACCGCUACUGAGGGCGAAGACUUCCUAACGCGCGAACGUGCUCUCCUGGGCGAUGAUGCAGACCAGUUCGCUACUCCAAAUGACCAACUCCAGACCUCUGCCACGGUGGAAGACGCUACGGAAGACGAUCUGCUAGGCGGUGGAGGAGGAAACGACUAUCAGCCAGGCAAUACUGAGGGCGGAGAUAUAAUGGGAGGGUUCGAAUCGUCGUUUCCCGCCCUAGAAUCACAGAAUGAGCAAGUUGCGCCAGGUGGGACCAUCACAGGCACAAGUUCUUUCCAACCUUCAUACUCCACAUACAAACAGCCAGAAGAAGAGCCAGAAGCAGUCCGCGAAUGGCGCCAAAAACGCGACGAAGAACUCACCCGCCGCGCCGCCAUCUCCGCCGAGCGCAAAGCAGCCACCAUCUCCAAAGCCCAACAGGACAUCGACGACUACUAUGAGUCCUACAACAAGCGCACAGACCGCGCCAAGGAGCGCACGCGCAAGGAGGCCGACGAGUUCCUGGAGAACCGCGAGGAUACGGCCGCGGGCGGAACCAGCUGGGAGCGCAUUGCCAAGUUGGUGGAUGUUAGUGGGAAGGGGUUAAAGGGGGGUGCGAGCGGGUCUGGGAAGGAGAGGUUUCGCGAGUUGCUGCUUGAGUUGAGGAAGGAUGAGGGUGCGCCGGGGGCUGCGGGGGUCUGAGUGUGUUUCGCUGUUUGCGUCUUGGAUGUUGGGUGUUGGGUGGGUGGGCAGGGUUUAUGGGGAUGCUUGUGGUGUGAGGCGGUGUUUUGGAUGGACGGGGUCGCGGAUGGGGUUGAGAGUGGGCAUCCGUGGAUGGAAUAGAAUGGCUGGUUUCGGCGUUGUUCAUCUAUACGCCGGGAAAGAAAGCGGUUCGAUAAUUGAAGACCAUGCUUCGAUUUUUGUUUCCAAUAAACGGAAUUAAAAAAAAAAAAAAAAAAAAAAAAAAAAAAAAAAAAGCAACACCACGACGCGGAGAGAGGAGAGGAGUAAAGAGGAGUUAGGAAUCGGCUUCUAACCCACAUCGAUUCUCCGUCAAACGAACCCAUCUAUAAACGCAUCCCAUGCCAUCAUCCAUCCACUCCGACACCCUAUCCCGCAUCAUCAUCAUCAUCAUCAUCCAUCGUCAUCAUCAGCCCACUUUCCUCUAGGCACCCACUCCCUCUUGCCCCCUCCAGCGUUCUAUUCUAUUUUCCACCUCUGUCAUCCCUAAUGAUCUCCUCAAUUUCCUUUCUCUUUCUUCAGUAGCCCCGCCUUUUUGGUCUGUUAUUUAGUUCCUUCUUCUUUUUUAUUCAGUUAAAGAUAGCUAGUUUCCUUUCUCUGCGAAUUCCAGAAUUUAUUUUCUUUUUUACUUCCCUUGUCUUGCGUGUAGAAUCUAUUAAUUGACGCGCAAUGUUCAGAGAAGGGAAACAGAAAAAAGCCGUAAGACCGGGGUUACUAGGGGAGGCAAAUUGGCGCCCGCAAGGAGUGUAAAUAUACAAAGAAAAAGAGAGAGAAAAAUCCUGUACAAGAGUUUAAGCGUUGAGUCAUGUCAUUGUGUGCAUUAAGUUAUCAAUAUAUAUGUAUAUAUAGAGAGUGAGGUAGUAUGUAGUUUCCCCAAGAUGCAAAUACAAAAAG